AUGUUAGUUGUUCGUUUGAGCAAUUUAAUCUUUUAUUCCGAUUUUUCUUUGGUUAAUAAUUUCUUUUUCGUCUUCUUUCUUACUUACUUUCCUUCCUUCCUUCCUUCCUUCCUUCCUUCCUUCCUUCCUUCUUUACUUCCUUCCUUCCUUCCUUCCUUCCUUCAUUCUUUCCUUCCUUCCUUCCUUCUUUCCUUCCUUACUUCUUUCUUUCCUUCCUUCCUUAUUUCCUACCAUCUUUUUUCCUCCUCCUUCCUUCCUUCCUUCCUUCCUUACUUACUUCUUUCCUUCUUCCCUUCCUACCUCCUUUUCUUCAUUAUUUCCUUCUUACUUAUUUCCCUCCUUCCAUCCUUUGUUCUUUCCUUCAUUCCUUCCUUCCUUCUUUCCUACCAUCCUUACUUCCGACUUUCCUUCUUUCCUUAUUGCUUUCCUUCCAUCUUUCUUCCCCAUCCUACUUUCUUUCCUUCCUUAUUUCCUUCUUUCCUAGUUUCCUUCCUUCUUUCCUUAGUUCUUUCCUUCCUUCCUUUUUUCCUUUCUUCCUUCUUUCCUUCCUUGCCUAUUUUCUGCCUUCUAUUCUUCGUUCUUUCCUUCUUUCCUUUUUUUCCUUCAUUCUAUCUUUUCUUUCUUUCUUUCUUUCUUAUUUCCCCUUCUUACCUUCCUUUCUUCCUUCUUUCUUUCUUACCUCCUUUCCGUCCUUCCUUCCGUCUUUCUUUCCUUUCUUCUUUUCUUUCUUCCCUCUUUUCUUCCUUCCUUCCCUAUUUCCCUCUUUCUAUCCUUCGUUCUUUCCUUCCUUCCUUCCUUCCUUCCUUCUUUCCUACCAUACUAACUUCCCCCUCCCUUCUUUCCUUAUUGCUUUCCUUCUAUCCUUCUUCCAUUCCUUCUUUCUUUUCUUCCUUAUUUCCUUCUUUACUAGAUUCCUUCCUUCUUUCCUUAGUUCCUUUCUUCCUUCCCUCCUUCCUUCCGACCUUUUUUCGUACUUUCCCUCCUUCCCUAUUUCCCUUCUUUCCUUCCUUCCUUCUUUCCUUUCUUUCUUCCUUCCUUCUUUCUUUCCUUUUUCUUCAUUCUUUUCUUUUUUUUCUUCCUUUUUUCUUUUUUUUCUUAUUUCCUGUCUACUUAGUUUCUUUCUUUCUUAUUCUUCUUCGUUCUUUCCUUCCAGCAUUCUUUCCUUCCUUUCUUCUUUCUUUCCUCCUUUCUUUUCUCCCUUCCUUCUUUCCUUUCUACUUUCUUUCCUUCCUUGCUGCCUUCCUUUCUUCUUUCCCUCCUUCCUUUCGUGUUUCCUUUCUUCCUUUCAACCUUCCUUCCUUCUUUCCUUCUUUCCUUUCUACUUUCUUUCCUUCCUUGCUGCCUUCCUUUCUUCUUUCCCUCCUUCCUUCCGUCUUUCCUUUCUUACUUUCAACCUUCCUUCUUUCCUUCCUCCCUUUCUUCCUUCUUUCCUUCCUCCCUUUCUUCCUUCUUUACUACCUUCCUUCUUUCUUUCCUUCCUCCCUUCCUUAUUUCCUCCCAUCCUUUUAUCAUCCCUUCCUUCCAACUUUCUCCCCUUUCUACCUUCUUUUCUUCAUUAUUUCCUUCUUUCCUAGUUUCCUUCCUUUUUCCUUAGUCCUUUCUUCCAUCCUUCCUUCCUUCCUUACUUACUUCCUUCCUACCUUCCUUCCAACCUUCUUCGCUUCCUACCUUCUUUUCUUCAUUAUUUACUUCUUCCUUAUUUCCCUCCUUCCAUCCUUUUUUCUUUCCUUCUUUGUUCUUUCUUUCCGGCCUUCUUACCUUCCUUUCUUCCUUCUUUCCUUCCUUCCUUUCUUCUUUCCUUACUUCCUUCCUUCCCUAUUUCCCUCUUUCUAUCCUUCGUUCAUUUUUUCCUUCCUACCGUCUUUCUUUCCUACCAUACUAACUUCCCGCUACCUUCUUUCCUUAUUGCUUUCCUUCCAUCCUUCUUCCAUUCCUACUUUCUUUUCUUCCUCAUUUCCUUCUUUACUAGUUUCUUUCCUUCUUUCCUCAGUUCUUUUCUUCCUUCCUUCCUUCCGUCUUUUCUUCCUACUUUCCUUCCUUCCCUAUUUCCCUUUUUUCCUUCCUUCGUUCCUUCCUUCUUUCUUUCCUUUUUCCUUCCUUCUUUUCUUUCUUUCUUCCUUCUUUCUUUCCUUGCAUAUUUCCUGUCUACUUAGUUUCCUUCCUUCCUUUUCCUUCUUCGUUCUUUCCUUCCUUUCUUCCUUCUUUCUUUCUUUCUUUCUUUCUUUCCUUCCUUCCUUUUUUCUUUCCUUCCUUCCUUUCUACUUCCUUUCUUCUUUCCCUCCUUCUUUCCUUUUUUCCUUUCUUCCUUUUCUUCUUUUUUCUUUCCUUUUUUCUUCCCUCCUCCCUUUCUUAUUUCCCCUCCUUGCAUAUUUCCAACGUUCCUGGUUUCUUUCUUUCUUUCCUUCCUUCUUUCUUUCCUUCCUUCCCUCCUCCUUUACUUUUUUCCUUCUUUUUUUUCUUUCUUUACUUCAUUUUUCCAUUCUUUCUUCCUUCGUUCUCUCUCUCUGA